ACUAUUGUGGCAGGGGUGAGUGCCUGUGCGGAGUGCUCAGGUGAGCAGACGGUCACAGCUGGGGGACGAAGUGCAGGUUGGAAAUGCAGGGCCGUGCAGAGGAAGGGCUGCACGUUUCUGCCUGCUCCGAGUCCUGAGCAGUCAAUGCAUUGAGCGUGUUGAUCCAGCUCCGUGGGAUGGCGGUGCUGGGUGGGCGCGCUGACAGGGCCAGGCAGGGUCCAGAGCUGUGAAUGCUGGCAGGCGGGGACUGGGGAGAAUGGGGAGAGGAAAUCUGUGUGCAGAACCAUUCCAGGGUGGUGUAAAAGCUGUUGCCCAGGCAGUAGACUUUCUGUAGGCAGUGCUGAAGAUGGAUCCGCCUUGCGAUAUCCUGGUUUGGAUGUGUUUUGUGUGCAGGUGAUGUUAACGGUGCUGCAUUCCAUCGCGCUUUGGUCAGUCUUGGACGCUGGCAGAUGCGUGUGUGAGCGUGCGAAGGGCCUUGAGAGCACCGCGAGCUCGCUCUCUGGGUUUUCCUUCUCUCGCCAUCGCUCAGUGUUUGUCGCUCACACACGCAGCCUCCAAACGCCCUUCUUCUCGCGCUCGGGCACCGAUCUCCCAAUGAACGGCAGGAGCCGUCGUGGCCAGGCAGGAAGGGGGCGCUGUGCCCGGCCGGGCUCCCAAGAUGGCGGCCGGCGGCGGCGCUCUGGCCGCGUCGGUGGCGCUGGCGGCGCUGGCGGCGAUGCUGUGGCGGCGGCGGGCGGUGCGCGGUGCGGGCCGGGUGUGCGUGGCGGUGCUGGGCGACCUGGGCCGCAGCCCGCGGAUGCAGCACCACGCGUUAUCGCUGGCCCGGCACGGACGCGGCGUGUCGCUGCUGGGAUACUUCCAGACGAGGCCGCAUGGCGACGUGCUGAGCAGCGGGGAGAUCCGCGUCGUGCCCCUGUCGGAGCUGCGCUGCUCGCGAGGGCUGUCACAUGCAAGCACACACUCCAGGAAACAGCCUGCAGCAAGUUGUGAAGACAUAUGGCCUUCUCAAAAACCUCUGAAGGUGUUUGAAAGCUCAGCUGCUGCGCCUGGUCAGCUUCUUGUGUGGCACGGGAUGUUGAGUGUGGGAUCUCUGGUGGUGCCACAGAGUCUGCCUGGCUUCCUGGAAGCAGUUCCAGACUGGGGAGAACAAGGAAGAGAACAAUCAGCACCUGACAGGCCAGGUUUUGUAGCAGAAGCACACUGCCAGCCUCAUUGUUUGACUGUAAAUGCAUGAAGAAGUCAUCCUCUGUUACGUGCACCUGUUAGAGACUGAGUUCCUGCUCCCCGUGACAUACUCAGCAGAGACUUUGAGUGAGCAAUUGAAAUUAGUGCAGAUGACUUCUUCCUUUGUUGGGUUAUGCCACGGCACAUCUCAGAC